GAUGGGCUCGCCAUAAGGCCUUAGUUAUGAAGAGCAAAAGACUGAUGAAUUGUUGUUUUGCAAUGGAGAAGACAGAGGGAGAAACACCUGCACUGUGGCUCCCUCCUUGUUGCUUAUCUCCCUGCAGACAUGUCUCUGUGCUGUAUUAAGGAAAGGAGAAGCUUAGACAUUAUCACAUCUGCUUCGUUACAUCACCUUUUCCAAUUUUGCAUCCUAUAAUCCCCUGGUGAAAAGAGGAACAAUGACUUUAUAUAACUGCUGCUUGAUUCUUUUGCUGUUUACCUGGAACACAGCUGCCUAUGGGCCAAACCAACGGGCACAGAAGAAGGGAGACAUUAUUCUUGGAGGAUUGUUCCCCAUUCAUUUUGGAGUGGCUGCUAAAGACCAGGAUCUAAAGUCAAGACCAGAAUCAGUGGAAUGCAUAAGGUAUAAUUUCCGAGGCUUCCGCUGGCUCCAGGCUAUGAUCUUUGCCAUAGAAGAAAUAAACAGUAGUCCAACUCUCCUUCCCAACAUGACUCUAGGAUACAGGAUAUUUGACACUUGCAAUACAGUCUCUAAAGCCCUUGAGGCCACACUGAGUUUUGUGGCUCAGAACAAGAUAGACUCCUUGAACCUGGAUGAAUUCUGCAACUGCUCAGAACAUAUCCCUUCCACCAUUGCAGUCGUGGGGGCAACCGGCUCUGGCAUCUCUACUGCCGUGGCCAAUCUGCUGGGACUCUUUUACAUACCUCAGGUCAGCUAUGCCUCAUCCAGUCGUCUCUUGAGCAACAAGAACCAGUUCAAGUCCUUCCUCCGCACAAUCCCCAAUGAUGAGCACCAGGCCACAGCGAUGGCAGACAUCAUCGAGUACUUCCGCUGGAACUGGGUGGGAACAAUUGCAGCUGAUGAUGACUAUGGCCGGCCAGGAAUUGAGAAGUUUCGGGAGGAGGCAGAGGAGAGAGACAUAUGCAUUGAUUUUAGUGAGCUCAUCUCCCAGUACUCAGAUGAAGAGGAGAUCCAGCAGGUGGUAGAGGUCAUCCAGAAUUCCACAGCAAGGGUGAUUGUUGUUUUCUCUAGUGGCCCGGAUCUGGAGCCCCUCAUCAAAGAGAUCGUGAGGCGAAACAUCACCGGCAAGAUCUGGCUGGCAAGUGAGGCCUGGGCCAGCUCUUCCCUGAUAGCCAUGCCAGAGUUCUUCCGUGUCAUUGGCAGCACCAUUGGGUUUGCACUGAAGGCAGGACAGAUCCCAGGCUUUCGUGAGUUCCUGCAGAAGGUGCAUCCCAAGAAGUCCAACAACAAUGGCUUUGCCAAGGAGUUUUGGGAAGAGACGUUUAACUGCUAUCUCCCUGAUGGGUCAAAAAAUUCUCCAACUUCAACCUCCUUCUACAAGGGCCAUGAAGAGGGACUGGGAGCUGGAAAUGGAACAGCUGCCUUCCGACCUCCAUGCACAGGGGAUGAGAACAUCACCAGUGUGGAAACACCGUACAUGGACUACACGCACUUGCGGAUAUCCUAUAAUGUGUAUUUGGCAGUAUAUUCUAUUGCCCAUGCCUUGCAGGAUAUAUAUACCUGUACCCCUGGGAAAGGACUCUUUACUAAUGGAUCCUGUGCAGACAUUAAGAAGGUUGAGGCAUGGCAGGUUCUCAAGCAUCUGCGCCACUUAAAUUUCACCAAUAACAUGGGAGAACAAGUGGAUUUUGAUGAGUUUGGGGACCUGGUAGGGAAUUACUCGAUAAUCAAUUGGCAUCUCUCUCCAGAGGAUGGCUCCGUUGUUUUUGAGGAGGUCGGGCACUACAACGUUUAUGCCAAGAAAGGGGAGAGGCUCUUUAUCAAUGAAAACAAGAUCCUGUGGAGUGGAUUCUCUAAAGAGGUGCCUUUCUCUAACUGCAGCAGGGACUGCCUCCCAGGCACCAGGAAGGGCAUUAUUGAGGGAGAGCCCACCUGCUGCUUCGAGUGCGUGGGCUGCCCCGACGGGGAGUACAGUGAUGAAACAGAUGCAAGUGCAUGUGACAAGUGCCCUGAGGAUUACUGGUCCAAUGAGAACCACACGUCCUGCAUCCCCAAGCAGAUAGAGUUUCUGUCCUGGACUGAACCCUUUGGGAUCGCUCUGACUCUCUUUGCUGUGCUGGGAAUUUUCCUGACUUCUUUUGUCCUUGGAGUAUUCACCAAAUUUCGCAACACACCCAUCGUCAAGGCCACAAACCGUGAGCUGUCCUACCUCCUCCUCUUCUCUUUGCUCUGCUGCUUCUCCAGCUCAUUGUUCUUCAUUGGAGAGCCCCAGAACUGGACUUGCCGUCUGCGGCAGCCAGCGUUUGGCAUCAGCUUUGUCCUCUGCAUCUCCUGCAUCCUAGUGAAAACCAACCGUGUCCUGCUUGUCUUCGAGGCAAAGAUACCCACAAGCCUCCACCGAAAGUGGUGGGGCCUGAACCUCCAGUUCCUCCUGGUCUUCUUGUGUACAUUUGUGCAGAUUGUCAUCUGUGUGAUUUGGCUUUACACAGCCCCGCCAUCCAGUUACCGAAACCAUGAACUGGAGGAUGAGAUUAUCUUCAUCACCUGCCAUGAAGGCUCCCUGAUGGCCCUCGGCUUCCUCAUUGGCUACACCUGCCUCCUGGCAGCCAUCUGCUUCUUCUUCGCCUUCAAGUCUCGAAAGCUGCCUGAGAACUUUAAUGAGGCCAAGUUCAUCACCUUCAGCAUGCUGAUCUUCUUUAUUGUCUGGAUCUCCUUCAUCCCUGCUUACGCCAGCACAUACGGCAAGUUCGUCUCUGCCGUGGAGGUGAUUGCGAUCCUGGCUGCCAGCUUUGGGCUCCUGGCCUGCAUCUUCUUCAACAAAGUCUACAUCAUUCUCUUCAAGCCCUCCCGCAACACCAUUGAGGAAGUGCGCUGCAGCACAGCUGCCCACGCUUUCAAGGUAGCUGCCAGGGCCACGCUGAGAAGGAGCAACGUCUCACGCAAGCGCUCCAACAGCCUGGGGGGCUCCACUGGCUCCACCCCGUCCUCCUCCAUCAGCAGCAAGAGCAACCACGAAGACCCUUUUCCUCUGCCAGCCUCCGCUGAGCGGCAGCGCCAGCAGCAGCGUGGGUGCAAGCAAAAGGUCAGCUUCGGCAGUGGGACAGUCACCCUGUCCCUGAGCUUUGAAGAGCCGCAGAAGAACGCCAUGGCCAACAGGAGCACCAAGUGCAGGAACUCUCUGGAGGCCCAGAACAGCGAUGACAGCCUCAUGCGGCACCGGGCCCUGCUUCCCCUGCAGAACAAUGAGCCUCUCAGCUCUGAGCCUGGCUUCCAGCCAGCAUCCAGCCCGGAGACCAGCUCACAGGAGUCAGUGGUGGGAGACACCAGAGAAGAGGUACCAAGCCCUGAGGCGGAGCCUCCCUUGCCGUCAGCUAACUCCCGAAAUUUUAUAGGCACUGGAGGUGGCUCUGUCACAGAGAACACGGUACAUUCCUAA